AUGAUAAAUAGACUUAUGUUUAUGUUAAAGUGUGAAAAGUGGUUUUCAGUUGAUUAACGUGAAUUUUUGGGUAAUUAUGUGAUUUUAUACGAAUUUAUAUGAUUUUUACAGUCUUACUUUUGAGAUAAAUAAAUAAAAAUAAAUAAAAAUAAAACUAUAGCAAAAUGGGGGGGAGGAGCUACGAGUAGGGGCUCAAGCGGCUAGAACUGAUAGGGGCACGUGUGCCCCACUCCCCUUCCACGUCACCGGUGGCCAGUCAACUAUGGGGCAAGGAGUGGUCGUACAUGCACGAGAAAGGGACUUGAUUGUAAAUCUAAUAUUACUAUAUAUUUGCCAAAAACUUCGGCACACAAGUGACGUGACUCAGUCGUUGUAUAUUAAAUCACGCAAAUCUAAAAUUUAUAAAACUAGAAAAUAUAAAUUUUUGGAUAUUUAGAAGUAUUUAUAAAUAAAUAUAUCAAUUAUAAUUCAAUAAAAGUUCCAAAAAUAGCGGUAAUUUCCCAGGUCGAUCACAGGGAUGUAAUAUAAUAUUUUGUAAUUAUUCAUAGUUUUUCUCAAUGAAUACGAUUUUCUAUGAAUUUUAUACUAGGAAGUGAAAAGGAAAUAUAUUUAAAAUUCACGAAAAAAAAGAGGAAAUAAGGGUGCGGACGACAGGAUGACGUCAGCGCCCGGCGAACGCGAAUCGGGCGGAAACAGAGUUCCGCCCGGCGAUUCUUACGUAAGCGAUUACAGACGAUUUAAUUAAUCAAAUUAAGAUCUGUAAAAGCCGGAAGAAUCGUAAUUGAACGAAGUAUAGUUUGGUAAAUUAAAAUCACACAAAGUAUCACUAAAUAAAGUGUAAAUUAAAUUGAAAGCAGGAAACCAGAGUUCCGGCGUCGCGACGGCGAUGCGUCGGCGAUGCACCGGAAUCCUGAGCGUUCGAGAGGAUCGUCGUGCAGUGUCCACGGCCUCGAAGGCUCUCCUUGGACAAAGACGACGUGGGCAAUCUCUAGAUCUUCUCGCGAAGUCUAGAGAUCAAUGAAGUGGGUCGUCGAGUCGUCUCCGGCGGCUGUCACCCGGCGGAGCGGAAAAACGGCGACUUUGCGGCUCUCCGGCGGCUGUCACCCGACGGAGAGGAGCUGGAUGGAGGUGGGGCGCGUGUCAGGGAGCUUCAUCCUCAGGUCCGCGCAGCAAGAGGAGGCUCUUCAUCGCAUCUGGUACGCUCUCAGGAGGUGGCGACUCGUCUCCCGGCGGAUCGUCCUCUUCCCGACGACGGCUUGUUCGUCGAUCAAUCGGAGAUGAUUUACUCGAUGGAUUGCAAUCCUUUUAUCGCGAAUCGUUCAGCAAUUUUAGUAGCAAUGCUCCGCGAAUCGCGUUGACGAGAUUUUCGCCGAUGAUCCAGCGAUUCCGGUUGCUUAAUCCUUCACCGGCGAUCUGCAGGAAAGUCGCGAUAAUCAGUUAAAAAUAUAUGAAUUUUGACUCUGGGAGGAUUCGAACCCGCGGCGGUCGCCCGCCCCUGAGCAAGGUGUGACGCGGGUUUAGUCCCACAUCGGUUGUGCGCGGAUUAUUCGGGCAAAUAUAUAGUAAAGUUAGCUUUCUAGGCAAAGUCCUCUCGCGUGUACGACCACUCCUUGCCCCACAGCCGGCUGGCCACCGGUGACGUGGAAGGGGAGUGGCGCACACGUGCCCCUAUCGAUCUCCGAGCAAGCCGCUCGAGCCCCUGCUCACGGCUACUCCCCGACUGCGCUUCCGACCCGCUUGCGGGCCCGGCUGGCCGGCGGGUCCGCCCAUUUUGCAAUAUUUUUAUUUUUAUUUCUUGUUCUUCCCUUAUCUCAAAACUAAGACUAUAAAAAUCGUAUAAAAUCACAUAAUUACCCAAAAAUUCACGUUAAUCAAUUGAAAACCACUUUUCAUGCUUUAACACAAAUAUAAGUCUAUUUAUCAUGAGUUAAGGCUAAAACUAUAUUAUUUACUAAUUAUUAACUCAUGAUAAUGAAGACUUAUCACACCCCCCAACUUAAAUCAUUGCUAGUCCCUUAGCAAUGGAAUUACAAAAAUAAAAAUUUACAAAUCUCAAACAUCAUAUUUCAAUACAGAAAAGAAAUACAAUUAGAAAUGAUGCACCUUUAAACACUUUGGAUUCUUAUAUCAAGUAUUUAAGAAUGAUGUCAAGCACUUAAAUGUUUAAACACUCCUUGGAAUAACAAUCUAGACUUCACUUCUUCUAUUCACAUCUUUAUCACUUCUUCACUUAUAGAUGUAUUUACAAGAUGUUCCAAUUAUCAAUACUUAUCCAAGAAUAAUAUUGAUCUUACAUUUCCCUUUUUCUAUGACUUGAUUUUUGAAGUUUGCACUAUCUUUCUUCCUUCUUUUUUUUUUUAUAUAUAGUGGAUAAGUAGCUUUUCCUGUAGACAAAUUUCGACAAUAAGAAUGAUGUCUCACACCCUCCAUGUGUACUCUUCAUUUUCAGGGCUUUCACUUUAUCCACUUAUUUUUCAGCAAGUGUUUUUCUAUGCACGAUUUUCGACAAUGAGAAUGAUGUCUCACACCCUCCAUGUGUACUCUUCGUUUCUAGAUUUUUCACAUUGCUCUCUCUUUUUUUUUUUUGAAAUAAGUGAUUUCUCCUCAAAAGUCCUAUAGAUCAGGGUGCAAAAAUCUCCAUUAAACUCAAAUGAUCAAUCAAAUUUUCACAUCAAGUAAAUAUUAUCCAUCAAGAUCAUGAAGUGAAAAUCUGUAAAAUCAAAUCCAUGUUAUCUAUCAUGUAUCCAAGGAGUAUUCCAACAUUUCAUGCUACUAGAUCAUUCUUUUGACUCAAUAAUAAUCUUCCUAGUAUCUUUUGGUAUCAAUCAAUCUAAUUGAUUUAAUUUUUCAUGCAUGCAAUAUGAUGUAAGGAAUUUGUAAAUUAGAUAGUUCUGACAGUUCUGUUUUCUAUUUUCAGUUCUAUUUUAGCAGCAAUAAAUUUGUCAAAAAUAAAUCAAAACUAUCUUCUUUAUAGCUGUAAUUUCGAAUUUCAGUAAUAUAUGUCUAGGGGAUUGAAAUGUGAGAAAAGGGUCUCUAUAAUUUCAAAUUUCGGGUUGUUUUUUCAUAUGCUGUUUUUGACAGUCUGUUGUUCUUGACAGAAAACCAGAAAAUAGAUGUUGCAGUUUUUCCGAAUUCGGCGAUUUUUUUUUAUUUUUUUAGUUGCUGUUCUAAGUUGAAUAAAAUGCAAACACAUGUUCUUAAUCGUCCUACAGCAUAAAUUAAUAAUGAAUACUUCCCCCCCGACUUAAAAAUGACAUUGUCCUCAAUGACACAAAAAAAAAAUCGAAACAGAAUAUGCAGAAAAUAUAAUUUUCAAGUAAAGCAUGCAUAUAUGCAAAGUUAAGCAUUAAAAAUAUUGUCAUAAAUGAUAAAGCUCAGAAAGACAUCACCUCAACCUCGUUUUUAAUUUUCCACUUCAUCUUACACACCUCCUCCUGCACUUCUUCGAAAAAAAACAAAUACAGAAACAAGUACUGCGAAAUUCUAAAAAAAAACAGAGCUUAAAAAAAAUCAAACAGAAUGAAAUAAAAACCAUGGGUUGCCUCCCAUGCAGCGCUGAAUUUAAUGUCUCCAGCUGGACUCCUUGAUCUUACUCUUGAAUUUCUUUUAAUAAUAAAAUUUCUUUUUCUGCAAGGCGUUCAUGUUCUAUGUAAUGUUUAAGCCGCUGUCCAUUUACCUUAAAGUUAUGAUUUAAGAUCUUUAAUCAUUACAGCCCCAUGAUCAUAUGUCUCUUCCACCACAUAAGGCCCUUUCCAUUUUGAUUUUAAUUUUCCUGGGAAUAAUUUCAGCCUAGAAUCAUAUAACCACACUUUUUGUCCAACAUCAAAUUUUUUUCUGCUAAUGUAUUUAUCAUGAAAAGUUUUAGUUUUUUCUUUAUAUAUUCUAUGAUUUUCAUAAGCUUCAUUCCUCAACUCCUCUAGUUCAUGUAACUGAAAAAUUCUAUGCCCACCAGCUGAUUUUUCAUCCAUACAUAAAUUUUUUAUAGCCCAUAAUGCUUUAUGCUCUAUUUCCACAGGAAGAUGACAUGGCUUUCCAAAAAUGAGACGAAAUGGGGACAUACCUAUGGGAUUUUUAUAAGCUGUUCUAUAAGCCCAUAAUGCAUCUUGUAAUUUCGUGGGCCAAUCUUUCCUAUCUGGUCUAACUAUUUUUCUCAAAAUUCUCUGAAUUUCCCUAUUUGCUACUUCAGCUUGCCCAUUUGUUUGGGGAUGAUAUGGAGUGGCUACUCUAUGGUGUACUCCAUUCUUUUUCAACAGUUCUCUGAAAUUUUUAUUUGUAAAAUGUGUUCCUCCAUCACUAAUAAUCACUCUAGGACAUCCAAAUCUCGAAAAAAUAUUUUCCUGCACAAAUUUCAUCACGAUUUUAUGAUCAUUAGUUCUAGUAGGAAUAGCUUCCACCCACUUCGACACAUAAUCAACAGCAAGAAAAAUAUAUUCAUAUUUUUCAGCUGAUGGGAAGGGACCCAUGAAAUCUAUUCCCCAUACAUCAAAAAUUUCGACUACUAACAUGUUACUCAUGGGCAUUUCAUCUUUUUUACUCAUGUUACUUAUAGAUUGGCAUGAAAUACAUGUUUUACUAAAUUCUAUAGAAUCUCUAAUGAUUGUAGGCCAAUAAAAACCACACUGAAAAAUUUUUGCAGCUGUUUUUCGUCCAGAGAAGUGUCCUCCACAGUUAGAUGAAUGGCACAUGUUAAUAAUGCUAUGGUAUUCUUCUUCAGGAACACAUCUCCUUAAAAUUUGAUCAUUGCCCAAGUAAUAUAAAUCAGGAUCAUGCCAAAAAUAAUUUCUAAUCUUAGAAAAGAAAUGAUUUUUUCUGUUCUUAUCCCACUGUUCUGGAGUUUUUCCAGAAACCAGAAAAUUAACAAUAUGUGCAUACCAUGGUGAUGGUUGAUGUUGAGCUGCCAUCAAUUGUUCAUCUGGAAAUGCGUCUUGUAAAGGUGCUGCAUUUAUUCCUGUGUCACUUAAUCUAGAAAGAUGGUCAGCAACAGCAUUCUCGAAACCUUUUUUAUCUUUUAUUUCUAAGUCAAAUUCCUGCAACAAUAAAAUCCAUCUUAAUAAACGUGGCUUUGCAUCUUUCUUAUUUAACAGAUAUUUUAAUGCUGCAUGAUCAGUAUAAAUAAUAAUUUUAGCUCCCAAAAUAUAUGAUCUAAACCUUUCUAACAAAAAUACUACAACUAACAACUCUUUUUCAGUCGUGGUAUAAUUUAAUUGAGCAUCGGAUAUAGUUUUACUAGCAUAUGAAAUUACUAUGGGUUUUGACUCUUUUGUUUGUCCUAGAACGGCCCCCACUGCAUAAUUCGAUGCAUCACACAUUAUUUCAAAGGGAAGGGACCAAUCAGGAGCUUGUAAAAUGGGUGCUUCAGUAAGUAAUCUUUUUAUUACGGAAAAAGACUCAAAACAUUUCUCAUCAAAAUUAAAAGGCAUAUCUUUAGAUAAUAGCAUGGUGAGAGGUUUAGAAAUCUUCGAAAAAUCUUGAAUAAAUUUUCUGUAAUAACCUGCAUGACCCAAGAAAGAUCUAAUCUGUUUUACUGAAUUUGGAGGUUUCAUUUUAGAUAUAAUAUCAAUUUUUGCUCUAUCCACCUCUAAACCCCUUUUACUCACAAUAUGACCCAACACAACUCCCUCUUUAACCAUAAAAUGUGAUUUCUCCCAACUCAAAACUAAUUUUUUCUCUAUGCAUUUCUCAAGUACAUGCUGUAAAUGAUUUAAGCAUUCAUCAAAUGAUUCGCCAAAAACAGAAAAAUCGUCCAUAAAAAUUUCCAUGCAUUUUCCAAUUAUAUCAGAAAAAAUAGACAGCAUACAUCUUUGAAAUGUGGCUGGAGCAUUACACAGACCAAAAGGCAUGCGUUUAAAAGCAAAAGUACCAAAUGGACAAGUGAAAGUUGUUUUUUCUUGAUCUAAAGGGUUUAUAUAAAUUUGAUUAUAACCAGAGUAUCCAUCCAGAAAACAAAAAAAGUUUUUCCAGCUAAUUUUUCUAGAAUUUGAUCAGUAAAUGGUAGGGGAAAAUGAUCUUUUCUAGUAACUGAAUUUAAUUUUCUAUAAUCAAUGCAAACUCUCCAACCGGUAGUUAGUCUUGUUUGUAUUUCAUCCCCAUUUUCGUUUUUUAUAACCGUAAUCCCUGAUUUUUUUGGCACUACUUGUGUAGGACUAAACCAUUUGCUAUCUGAAAUAGGAUAAAUAAUAUCAGCAGCCAGCCACUUUAAAAUUUCCUUUUUUACAAUUUCCAUCAUGUUAGGAUUUAAUCUUCGUUGUGGUUCCCUACUAGUUCUAGCCCCCUCCUCUAAAUAUAUACUAUGCAUGCAUACACUCAUAUCAAUGCCCCUUAGAUCGUCCAUUUUCCAGCCCAUAGCUUUCUUAUUUUUUCGAAGUACAUCUAAUAAUUCUUCUUCCUGUUCAUCACUCAAAUCAGCUGCAAUAAUAACAUGAAAUAAAUUAUUUUCCUCCAAAAACAUAUAUUUUAAACUAGAGGGAAGAGGUUUCAACUCUAAAUUCAGAUGAUCUUCCUCUUUCUUUUCUUCUAAAUUUAUAUUCUCUAUUUCCUCUAAUUCUUUCAGCACACAGUCAUCAAUAACAUCUGGAUCAUCAAAAUCAUCUAGAAGAUCUAUGGUAUGACAAUCAUAUACUUGGGAUUUCUUAAUAUCAUUUGAUAUCUCAAAAAUUUUAAUUUCUACUGAUUGAUCUCCACAUGAAAUUUUCGCAAUACCUGUGGGAAAAUCAAUAUUCAUCUUUGCUGUAUGCAAAAAUGGUCUCCCUAAGAUGAUUGGUGUAUCAUAAAACUGUCCAUUAAAAUCCAUUUCCAGUACUACGAAAUCAGCUGGAAAUUUACACCCUUUAACUGUCACUAUCACAUUUUCUAAAAUACCUUUAGGAUGUUUUAUGGAUCUAUCAGCAAAUUGUAAGGUAACAGUAGAAGGUUUAAGAUCAGAAAUAUUAAAUUUAUCACAAAUACUUGCAGGUAAUAAAUUAAUGCUAGCACCGGUGUCAAGUAAUGUAUUCUGAAAAAUGAAUCCACCAAUAUCACACGAAAUCAAAGGGGCACCUGUAUCUCUCAAUUUAUAUGGUAAUUGAUUUAAUAAUAAUGCACUAGCAUGCAUAGAUAAUUUUUCUACUCUAGGUGCCCUUUUUGGUGUACACAUUUCUUUCAAAACUCUAGCAUAUUCAGGAAUAUGUUCAAUGGCAGUAAGUAAAAGAAGACUAAUUUGCACAUCUUGUAAAAUUUUCUUUAUUUCUUCAUUGUGUUCCUUUUUCUUUCUUUGUCUAGGCUCUAGAGCUUUAGGAAAUGGAAUGGUUGUCCUCUCUUUCGAAAUUUCCUUGGUAGAAUCUAUAAAAUCCUCUUCUACUCCUAUUUGAUUUUGUUUUGGGUUGUCCACGUUUUCUUUUUCUUCUAAUAUUUGGGGAUAAGGAUCAGCUAAGAUCUUACCACUCCUUAAUGCAUUCACUGUCCUAACAUUUUCAUUUCGUGGGUUUUUUCCUAGAUUCAUGCUACUAGACUCCCCUUGCUGAAAUCCUAUUGUUGGGCGGUUCCUUGGAUUUUCUAUGGGCUGACUAGGUAGCUGUCCCUCUUCUCUCUUAUUCCCAAGAGCCUCUAUAAUUUGUUUCUGGUGCAGCAUCAUUUGGUUCAUAGUUUGUUGCAUCAUUUGGCUCAUUUGCUGCAUCAUUUCCAUAGCAUCAAGUUGGAUUUGAGAGGACUGAUUUUUCUGAAAUCUGUUUUCUUGUUUUGGACGAAAUUCAGAGUUUGAAUUGGGUCUAAGUGCUUCUGGAUUUUGAAUAUUAUUUGGGUCUCUCCAUGAAAAACUAUUCCUCCAAUUAGGAUUAUAAGAAUUCGAAAAAGGUUCCCUGUUUCUAUUAAAACCGUGAGCUACUUGCACUUGUUCUUGCAUAGGGUGAAAUGAUUGAUCUAAAUUAUAACAUUGAAAUUCAGAAUAAUCGUUUUCACCAUACAUAGGACAUGUACUAUUCGAAUUAAGUUGAGGGUUAAAAGGCUUUCUAAUAUUGUCAAUAAGUAAAUCAAUUUUUUCUAAUCUUUGAUUAAUCUGAUUAACCUCAUUUCUAAGUUUAGAAUCAUCAUCAUGAUGCAAUUCAUAAAUUCCUCUCUUCUUAUCCCUGUCAUAUAAUUCAAAAGAGGCUUGAUCUCUAGAAUUUUCACUUAAAUUCUCAUAAAGACUGUAAAUCUCAUCAGGAGUUUUCUCCAUAAAAGCUCCUCCACAUAUAGAAUCAACCAUAUUUCUAUGUUGUUCUAAUAAUCCAUCAUAAAAUUCUAUUGAGCUGCCACUUGGGUAUAGCAUGAUGAGGACACUUUCUAAGUAAAUCUUUAAAUUUUUCCCAUGUCUCAUGCAAAGUUUCUCCUGGUCUUUGAGAGAAACUCCAUAUAUGUUUUCUCAUAUUUUGAGUUUUUCCUAAGGGAUAAAAUUUUCGAAGAAAGGCCUGUUCUAUAUCUUUCCAGCUAGUUAAUUCUCUAUCUAAUGUGGAUAGCCAAUGACUAGCUUUGUCCCUAAGUGUAUGAGGGAAUAAUUUCAUCUUAAUAAUUUCCGGUGUAACUUGAGGGAGAUUAACUAAAUCACAGACCAUAUGAAAUUUUUCCAAGUGCUGAUGAGGUUCCUCUAAAGGCAAUCCAUGAAAAUUAGGGAGCAUUUGAAAAAUUCCUGGAUUUAUUUCGAAUUUAACAGUAGGUGCUAAUGGGACUCUAAUAUUGGAUGCUCUUUGAAAUGAAUCAGGGAUAUAAUGAUUUUUCAUGGCCAUAGGAUUGUUCUCAGUUUGACCUGUACUUCCUUCAAGAUCCAUCAAAAUUAAUUUUUCUUUCGGAUUUUUCUUUUUGAAUGAAAUAAUGAAAGGAUUUUCUAGCCUUGGAUGCAAGGAUCUUCUACCAUGCAUAAAAAUCAAUAAAUUCGAGGGAAAAAGUUAGUAACUAUUACCCUCCUUCAGGAUGCUCCAGUCCUUGCCGUGCUUCUUUUCGUUCCCUUUUUUCUAAUAAAAAUCGGCAAAAAGAAAAUAAAACAAGAGUUAAGUUAUUUUUUUUUAUUUUUUUUUUGUGUACUUUAAGAGAAAAAUAGAAAAAUACUAAAUAUUAUGCAAUACAUCCCCGGCAACGGCACCAAAAUUUGACGUGACUCAGUCGUUGUAUAUUAAAUCACGCAAAUCUAAAAUUUAUAAAACUAGAAAAUACGAAUUUCCGGAUAUUUAGAAGUAUUUAUAAAUAAAUAUAUCAAUUAUAAUUCAAUAAAAGUUCCAAAAAUAGCGGUAAUUUCUCAGGUCGAUCACAGGGAUGUAAUAUAAUAUUUUGUAAUUAUUCAGAGUUUUUCUCAAUGAAUACGAUUUUCUAUGAAUUUUAUACUAGGAAAUGAAAAGGAAAUAUAUUUAAAAUUCACAAAAAAAAGAGGAAAUAAGGGUGCGGACGACAGGAUGACGUCAGCGCCUGGCGAACGCGAAUCGGGCGGAAACAGAGUUCCGCCCGGCAAUUCUUACGUAAGCGAUUACAGACGAUUUAAUUAAUCAAAUUAAGAUCUGUAAAAGCCGGAAGAAUCGUAAUUGAACGAAGUAUAGUUUGGUAAAUUAAAAUCACACAAAGUAUCACUAAAUAAAGCGUAAAUUAAAUUGAAAGCAGGAAACCAGAGUUCCGGCGUCGCGACGGCGAUGCAUCGGCGAUGCACCGGAAUCCUGAGCGUUCGAGAGGAUCGUCGUGCAGUGUCCACAGCCUCGAAGGCUCUCCUUGGACAAAGACGACAUGGGCAAUCUCUAGAUCUUCUCGCGAAGUCUAGAGAUCAAUGAAGUGGGUCGUCGAGUCGUCUCCGGCGGCUGUCACCCGGCGGAGCGGAAAAACGACGACUUUGCGGCUCUCCGGCGGCUGUCACCCGACGGAGAGGAGCUGGAUGGAGGUGGGGCGCGUGUCAGGGAGCUUCAUCCUCAGGUCCGCGCAGCAAGGGGAGGCUCUUCAUCACAUCUGGUACGCUCUCAAGAGGUGGCGACUCGUCUCCCGGCGGAUCGUCCUCUUCCCGACGACGGCUUGUUCGUCGAUCAAUCGGAGAUGAUUUACUCGAUGGAUUGCGAUCCUUUUAUCGCGAAUCGUUCAGCAAUUUUAGUAGCAAUGCUCCGCGAAUCGCGUUGAUGAGAUUUUCGCCGAUGAUCUAGCGAUUCCGGUUGCUUAAUCCUUCACCGGCGAUCUGCAGGAAAGUCGCGAUAAUCAGUUAAAAAUAUAUGAAUUUUGACUCUGGGAGGAUUUGAACCCGCGGCGGUCGCCCGCCCCUGAGCAAGGUGUGACGCGGGUUUAGUCCCACAUCGGUUGUGCGCGGAUUAUUCGGGCGAAUAUAUAGUAAAGUUAGCUUUCUAGGCAAAGUCCUCUCGCGUGUACGACCACUCCUUGCCCCACAGCCGGCUGGCCACCGGUGACGUGGAAGGAGAGUGGCGCACACGUGCCCCUAUCGAUCUCCGAGCAAGCCGCUCGAGCCCCUGCUCGCGGCUACUCCCCGACUGCGCUUCCGACCCGCUUGCGGGCCCGGCUGGCCGGCGGGUCCGCCCAUUUUGCAAUAUUUUUAUUUUUAUUUCUUGUUCUUCCCUUAUCUCAAAACUAAGACUGUAAAAAUCGUAUAAAAUCACAUAAUUACCCAAAAAUUCACGUUAAUCAACUGAAAACCACUUUUCAUGCUUUAACACAAAUAUAAGUCUAUUUAUCAUGAGUUAAGGCUAAAACUAUAUUAUUUACUAAUUAUUAACUCAUGAUAAUGAAGACUUAUCAACAAGCGAUGUGGAACUAAACUUGCAUCACGCCUUCCUCAGAAAGGGCGGGCAACUGGUGUGAGUUUGAAUUCUCCUAGAGCCAAAACUCAUAAUUUUUAUUUGAUUAUCGUGACUUCCUACAGAUUGCCAGUGAAGGAUUAAGCCACCAGAAUUACUGGAUCAUCGGCAAAAAUCUCGUCAACGUGAUUUGCAGAGUAUUGUUACUAAAAUUAUUGAACGAUUCAUGAUAAAACGAUCGCGAAUCCAUUGAGUAAAGCAUCUCUGAUUGAUCGAUGAACAAGUUGUCAUCGAGAAGAGGAUGAUCCGUCAAGAGACGAGUCACCACCUCUUGAGAGUGUAUCGAAUGCGAUGAAGAGCCUACUUGAUGUGACUUAGUCAUUGUAUAGUAAAUCACACAAAUUUAAAAUUUUUGAAAUUAGAAAAUACGAAUUUUUGGAUAUUUAGAAGUAUCUCUGAACAAAUAUAUCAAUUAUAAUUCAAUAAAACUUCCAAAAAUAGCGAUAAUUUUCCAGGUCGAUCACAGGAAUGUAAUAUAAUAUCAGGUAAUUAUUCAGAAUUUUUCUCAAAGAAUACUGUUUUCUAUGAAUUUUAAAUUAGAAAAUAAAAAUGAAAUAUAUUUAAAAUUUAUGAUAAAGGAAAAUAAGGGUGCGGAUGUUAGGAUGACGUCAGCACCUUGUGAACACAAAUUGGGUAGAAAUAGAGUUCCGCCUGACAAUUCUUACGUAAGCGAUUAUAGACGAUUUAAUUGAUCAAAUUAAGAUCUGUAAAAGCCGGAAAAAUCGUAAUUGAAUGAAAUAUAUUUUGGUGUAAAUUUAAAUCACACAAAUUAUCACUAAAUGAAGUGAAAAUUAAGUUGAAAGCAAGAAAAUAAAGUUCCGGCAUCGCUACGGCGAUGCGUUGGCGAUGCAUUGGAAUCCUAAGUAUUUGGGAGGAUCGUCGUAUAGUCUCCACGGCCUUGAAGGCUCUCCUUGGACAAGGAUGAUUGGGCAAUCUCUAGAUCUCCUUGCAAAGUCUAAAGAUCAAUGAAAUGAGUCGUUGAAUUGUCUCCGAAGACUGUCACCUGGUGGAGCGGAAAAACGACAACUUUGCGGCUCUUUGGCGGCUGUCACCCGACAGAGAGGAGUUGGAUGGAGGUGGGGCACAUGUCAAGGAGCUUCAUCCUCAAGUCUACACAACAAGAUGAGGCUCUUCAUCGCAUCUGGUACGCUCCUAGGAGGUGGUGACUCAUCUCCCGGCAGAUCAUUCUCUUCCCAACGACGGCUUGUUCAUCAAUCAAUCGGAGAUGCUUUACUCCAUGGAUUCGCGAUCCUUUUAUCGCAAAUUAUUCAGCAAUUUUAGUAACAAUGCUCUGCGAAUCACAUUGAUAAUAUUUUCACCAAUGAUCCAGUAUUUUUGGCAGCUUAAUCCUUCGCUGGCGAUCUACAGGAAAGUCGCAAUAAUCAGAUAAGAAAAUAUGAGUUUUGGCUCUAGGAGGAUUCGAACCCGCCCCAGUUGCCCGUCCCUUUCUGAGGAAGUUGUGACAUGGGUUUAGUCCCACAUCACUUGCGCCAAAAUUUCGGGCGAAUAUAUACUAAUGUUAGAUUUGCAAGCAAGUCUUUUUUUUACGCAUGUACGACCACUCCUUGCCCCACAGUCGGCUGACCACUGAUGAUGUGGAAAGGGAGUGGCACACACGUGCCCCUAUCGGUCCAAGCCGCUUGAGCCCCUACUCGUGGCUACUCCCUAACUGCACUUCCGACCCGCUUGCGGGCUCAGCUGGCUGGCGGGUUCCACCCAUUUUAUUUUAUUUUUAUUUUUAUUUCUUUUUCUUCAUUUAUCUCAAAAGUAAGACUAUAAAAAUCAUAUAAAUUCGUAUAAAAUCACAUAACUACCCAAAAAUUCACGUUAAUCAACUGAAAACCACUUUUCACACUUUAACACAAAUAUAAGUCUAUUUAUCAUGAUUUAAGGCUAAAACUAUAUUAUCUACUAAUUAUUAACUCAUGAUAAUGAAGACUUAUCACUCCUUUUGCUGCGAGGACCUGAGCAUGAAGUUCUCUAACAUGUGCCUCACCUCCAUCUAGCUCCUCUUCGUGGGGUGACAGCUGCCAAAGAACCGCAAAGUCAUCAUUUUUUCGCUCCGCUGGGUGACAGCCGGCGAAGAUGAUUCGACGACCCAUUUCAUUGAUCUCUAGACUUUGCAACGAGAUCUAGAGAUUGCCCACUGACGUGACUCAGUCGUUGUAUAGUAAAUCAUGUAAAUUUUAAAUUUAUAAAACUAGAAAAUACAAUUUUUUGGAUAUUUAGAAGUAUUUCUGAAAAAAUAUAUCAAUUAUAAUUCAAUAAAACUUCCAAAAAAUAGCGAUAAUUUUCCAAGUCGAUCACAUGGAUGUAAUAUAAUAUCUGGUAAUUAUUCAGAAUUUUUCUUAAUGAAUAAGAUUUUCUAUGAAUUUUAUACUAGGAAAUGAAAAGGAAAUAUAUUUAAAAGUCACGAAAAAGGGAAAUAAGGGUGCAGACAUCAAGAUGACAUUAGUGCCUGGCAAACGCGAAUCGAGCGGAAAUAGAGUUCCGCCCAAUGAUUCUUACGUAAGCGAUUACAGAUGAUUUAAUGAAUUAAAUUAAGAUCUGUAAAAGCCAGAAGAAUCGUAAUUGAACAAAGUAUAUUUUGGUAAAUUAAAAUCAAAAAAAUUAUCACUAAAUGAAGCGUAAAGUAAGUUGAAAGCAAGAAAACAGAGUUCUGGCGUCACGACGGUGAUGCGUCGGUGAUGCACCAGAAUCUUGAGCAUUUGGGAGGAUUGUCGUGCAGUGUCCACAGCCUCGAAGGCUCUCCUUGGACAAAGAUGAUGUGGGCAAUCUCUAGAUCUCCUUGCGAAGUCUAGAGAUUAAUUAAAUGGGUUGUCGAAUCGUCUCCGGCGGCUGUCACCCGGUGGAGUGGAAAAAUGGUGACUUUGCGGCUCUCCGACGGCUGUCACCUGACGGAGAGGAGCUGAAUGGAGGUGGGGCGCGUGUUAGGGAGCUUCAUCCUCAGGUCUGCGCAGCAAGAGGAGGCUCUUCAUUGCAUCCAGUAUGCUCUCAAGAGGUGACGACUCGUCUCCCGGUGGAUCGUCCUCUUCUCGACGAUGGCUUCUUCAUCGAUCAAUCAGAGAUGAUUUACUCGAUGGAUUCGCGAUCCUUUUAUCGCGAAUCGUUCAACAAUUUUAGUAGCAAUGCUCCACGAAUCGUGUUGACGAGAUUUUCACCAGUGAUCCAGCGAUUCUCGUUGCUUAAUCCUUCACUGGCAAUUUGCAGGAAAGUCGUGAUAAUCAGAUAAAAAUAUAUGACUUUUGACUUUGGGAGGAUUCGAAUCCGCGCCGGUUGCCCGCCUUUUCUAGGGAAGGUGAUGUAGGUUUAGUCCCACAUCAAUUGUGCACCGAUUUUUUGGGCGAAUAUAUACUAAUGUUACAUUUGUUAGCAAGUCCCUUCCCUCGCGUGUACGACCACUCUUUGCCCCACAACCGGUUGGCCACUGGUGAUGUGGAAGGGGAGUGGUGCACAUGUGCCCCUAUUGGUCCAAGCUGCUCGAGCCCCUGCUCGCGGCUACUCCCUGACUGA